ACGGCCCUGAACCCGACGGUGUUCGCCCAACACGACGACCAGGAGAGGAGGAAAUCGUCAAAGCGCGACGACCACCGGCCAUUUGUUUGUCUUUUUUAAGCCUCACUUGCUCCUACUUCGCCGCGGCUUCUAAUGGCGCACAACUCUCGUUCAAAUCCCUAUCCACUGCCACCGCAAUCGACAACCACCCUACCGACGAAGAAGAUAACCCCACACGCCUCUCCUCCCUUCUUCCAACUCCAGACUUAAUUACUGCUCCGACCAUGUCCCCGAGCAAGCUCCGCAAGGCGAUCGGCGCCGUCAAGGACAAGACAAGCAUCGGCCUCGCCAAGGUCAGCAACAGCACCUCUCUGUCGGACUUGGACGUGGCCAUCGUCAAGGCCACUCGCCACGACGAGUUCCCGGCCGACGAGAAGCACAUUCGAGAGAUCUUCAGCCUCACGUGCUACUCCCGUGCCCACGUCGGUGCCUGCGUCGCCACCCUCUCCCGCCGCCUCGGCAAGACCCGCAGCUGGACGGUGGCCCUCAAGACCCUCUUCCUCAUCCACCGCCUCCUCUUGGAGGGCGACUCCGCCUACGAGAAGGAGAUCUUCCUCACCACCCGCCGCGGCACCCGCAUGCUCAACCUCUCCGAUUUCCGCGACACCUCCCGCUCCGACGCCUUCGACUUCUCCGCAUUCGUCCGCACCUACGCCCUCUACCUCGACGAGCGCCUUGACUACCGCAUGCACGGCCGCCGCAAGCGACGCCCCAGCUCUACCAACCUCGACCACGACCAGGACGACGACGCCGACCCCUCGGCCACCGUCGCAACUGGAGCCGUCACUGCCGCGGCCACUGCCUCCGCCUCCAGAGUCGCCACUCCGGUCAGAGACAUGCCCGCCGAUCGAAUCUUCGCUCGCACGCGGCACCUGCAGCGGAUGCUAGAGCGCUUCCUCGCAUGCCGCCCCACAGGCGCCGCCAAGCACAACCGCAUCGUCGCCGUGGCGCUUUAUCCGCUGGUGAAGGAGAGCUUCAAGAUAUAUUACGAUCUCGUCGAGUUGAUGAACAUCUUCGUCGAUCGGUUUAUGGAUCUUGAGGUCCCCGAGUGCGUCAGCGUGCACGAGAUCUUCCACCGCCUCUCCAAGCAGUUCGACGAGCUGGACCUGUUCUACGGCUGGGCUCGGGCUGCCGGCGUCUGUCGGUCAUCUGAAUAUCCCGAGAUCGAGCGGAUCACGUCUAAGAAGCUCGAGGUUAUGGAAGAGUUCAUCCGCGACAAGUCCGUCCUCGCCAUCGCUAACCGCCAGCGCCAGGAGGCGGCGGCUGCGAUCACCGUGGCCGCCACCAAACCACCCGAGGAAGAGCCCGAGCCGGAGUACGAGAAGAAUGCACUGAAGGCGUUGCCGGCGCCGGAGCCCGAAGAGGUUGAAGAGGCGCAGCAAGAGCGUGCCGUGGCAGUGAUCGAGGAUAACUCUUCGUCGCCAGAGAAGACGACGAAGGAAGCAGAGGAGGAAGACGUGGACUUUUUAAACUUGAAGGGAGACGCGAUGACAGGGGAGGAGCACGGCGACCAGCUUGCUCUCGCUUUGUUCGACGGCCCAUUGGCGGACUCUGCGGCGCCCAAAUGGGAGGCGUUCGAGGCCGAGGAUUCCUCAGAUUGGGAGACGGCGCUGGUGGCGGCGGCGACCAACCUGUCGGACAAGAGGGCGGUGCUCGGCGGCGGCUUCGACAUGCUACUGCUGGACGGGUUGUACGCGCAGGCGCAGGCCACGGCGGCGACGGAGAGGCAGGGUCAAACCGGGAGCUCGAGCAGCGUGGUGAUCCCUCCGCCGCAGCCGAUGCUGGCAUUGCCAGCGCCUCCGGGCGCAGCCGGCGCGGCGGCCUCUGGCAGCGACCCGUUCGCGGCGUCGACGGUGGUGCCGCCGCCGUCGUACGUGCAGAUGUCGGACAUGGAAAGGAAACAACAUCUGAUGACGGAUGAACAGUGGAUGUGGGAGCAGUACGCGAAGGAGGGCAGGCAAGGGCAGGCGGCGCUCGACAAGUUGCAGCAGCAGCAGCAGCAGCUCGGUCAUGCCGCCUACGCUCGCAUGCAUUGAAUAUGUCCAGUUCCUUCUUCAUCGAUUGCUCCAUCUCUUCUCUUAAAUUAAAUUUCUAAUUUUGCUGGACGAUACAAAAUCAAAAUUCAUCUUUUAAUUUUUCAAUGUUAAUCAAAUUUUCAUUUAAUGAUUCUUUUGGGACGCACAAUUUAGAAUGUGUGGAUAUAGGCAUGUAUUUACAUUAUUAUCAUUAUUCCUUGA